AUGCCUUUCCCUCUUGCACCUCAUCACGUUCAACUCAUUGCUGCAUGUUAUCCACCAUCUGCUGCAUUGGUCACCGCUGGCCCAGAAUUUAAGCCAAAUUCUCAGGAACUAUCUCGCCUUACUUAUUAUGCAUCUAAUCGUCCUGGUAAAAUAACUAAGCUCGGUAGCGAGUUGGAGAAGAGAGCUCUUACUGAUGUUCGCAAGGCGAGCGCAGGAAACAUGAAGGCACGCGCGUCACUUUUAAUUACUCUCAAUAUUUUCAAGGCGCUUGUCCAGGAGUGUAGACGAGAUCUAUCCAUGCUGUCGACAUCAUUAAUAUCUGCACUGGAUAUGACGCUGUCGCAGCUUUCCUCGGACCUUGAGGUCGCGUCGAAAGUUGCGAGUGUGUUUGCCGCUUGGGCCACAUACACGAAUGGCCAGCUGCUUGGGAUAGAUCAAGGCCUGACACGAGACUAUGUCUCAAUACUGCGCCGAUUCUCGACCAUGUGCUUAUUUGAGUCAAAACAUAACGAUAUUGAAGACAGAAAUAGGACUCGUCUCAUAGGACUUGGAGCACUUACAGGCGCAGUCGCUUCGGAAGCCUUGUAUAAUUCGUCCUCGCAAUUCAAAUCUCAAGUAUCUGCGAUCGUCCCGGCUUUGCUCAUCAACGUGCUUCAGGUGGAUAUAGUAGCCCUCAGCCACGAAUCAGACAAUAAUAAAAAGAAUCCUCUCCCCUUGAGCGCCUUCCUCGACGAUUUCCGCUCACGCCCGCUCCUUGAACGUCGUGCAGCGUCAAUUCAUAUACACGUUGACGGGGACGAAGGUCCCACAAUUUCAGACGUCGCGAAUGUUGCGCUAAAAGCUUUUGCUUGUUUACUGGGCCAAUCAACUGGCUCGCAAGUGAGCUACGUUCUGCAAGCUAUCCUUGACGGCCUUGGGAUGCAUAAUGGCUGGAAGUAUAUUGAACACUGCUGCUGGCUCACUCAAAAGGCAAUUGAAUGGACACAAUAUCAGUAUCGAUUCGCCGUCCCUGCUCGUCUUGUUGACAAGCUUCUCGAGGCACAAGAAGAUGCACGUCCAUCGGAACUUCACAGGACGUUGGUUGCAAUGAUAAAUGCGGCGUUUACAGCUCCCGUGCCACUCGUUAACCUUUCUACAUCCGACAUCUGCUCGAAUUUAACGGCACUCAUUCUGCGUAGAGUCACGAUUAAUCCCAAUGACGAACUCCUUCCGGAGCUUGUAGAGUGUGUUGGCGCCCUUGGAACACAUAUCUAUUAUGCAGAUCAAAUCCAUGAUCUAGCGUGUGAGAUCAUUGGAAGGCUAAGUCACAUCGAAAGUAACGGGGUGAAUGGGAAAGGACGAGCAUCUGGGAAGGUGGAUGAGGAAAGGGCAAUGGCUUUAAGGUGCCUAAUUGCGUGCCUUGGUCGUCUUAUUCGAUCAAGUACGAGACCCUUGCACCUUCGCCGUGCGUCGGCAGACGGGAAGAUCGAUGAAGAAGCAUCCAAGCUCGGGUCGACUCCUGCUAUCCUGUCUGAGAAGGAUCGUACCCUUUCCGAUAAUCCAGGUACUUUGGAUGACAUUAAUCCAGUGAGGGGGAGCGUGCCGCAGAGGUCGAGAAUACCUCCCGAUGUCUGGCAGGAGACCUUGUCUCUGCUUUGUGACGAGAGUUUCUCCGUCCGGUCAGAUUACGCCAGGGUUCUGGUUUUGUAUCUCAAAUCGGAGAUCCGCCCUGAGCCGGGUGUCCGUGGUGUAGCUGACGGUUUGAAGCGCUUGAAAAGCCUUGAAGAAGGUCCGCUUAGACGAGCUCGUACAUUGAAGUCAGUAGGGUUGGGUGAUAGCGCCACCAGUAGAUUUCUUCAUGCCCUGCACGCAACUCUGUAUGUGCUUGCAACGUCAUCGCAGCUUGAUAUACCGUCGUCGCGUCCACCAUCGCCAGUUCACUCUUCGGAGAACGUUCAAGGACAGGAGCAACAAGAGCAGGCUAAUUCGGUCAGCGUUAAUAUCGUGCCAUCGACACCUAGUCAGAGCCAGACAUUUCCCGGAGAACCAGAGGAACAAUAUGAAGAUGAACCCCAAGAAUUACAGUCAUCGCGACGGAAGUCGUUAGGACAGCUUAUGCAAGCGCGGAAAUUAAACAGGAUUCGUCGUUUGCUGGACGCCGCUACAUAUCGCCUUUCCCGGCCUCAACUAGAUGUGGAAGCAAAUUCUGCAUGUCUAUCUGAUUAUGUACACAUUUUGAACAUCCUCAAUGUCGUACAUGAACAGAGUUCCCCUCGGGCACUUGUAACAGGUCUUCCUAUGCUGUUGGCUUUACGCUCCUGGUGUGAAACCGAAUGUCCGUCUCCACAACGUCGGUUUGCCAUUCGGCAAGUCUUGGCUGGACAGUGGCAGACGAUCGCCAGGAUUUGGAACUUACCAGAGUUGGAAGAGCUAACUCAAAGCAGAAAACUUGAUCCAUCUUUCCUAUAUCCACCACAAGAUCCCGUUUUCCCUACUCCGGAAGAGGCCCUUGCUCUAUCCUCUCUGAAUGUGGAAGACGAUCAGAGGUCAUGCUGCGGUGACGAGGCGAUCGUCCUUGAAGUUGCGAAAAAUGUCAACACUCAACUCGCUACUGGCCUCGACGAGGCUGCUCUGGUUAAACGUCUUAGUUACUCUUGGACAGCGGACAAUGCGCUAAGAGACUCCGUAGAAAACAUUGCAAACGGAUCACCAAGACCAGAGCAUAGCAACCCUUUACUCAAAAUCUCUCCAGGUCUCAUGCACAUAUCCAACUUGUCGUUACAAAGCCUAACACGCUCAAACCGCGGAGUUGGCGUGAGCGACUUGCGAGACGCGUUAGAAGGCCGAGGUGGCGUGUCGAACGUUGCGUUAUCGCAGGGUCGUGCACCGAGUGUCGUGAGUAUCGGUGCUACGCAGAGUGGUGCAUCGGGUGAGAGUGCUGUCUCGCCGAGCGUUUGGAGUGCGUCGAGGCCCCGAUCACGAAUGUUGAGUGGGGAGAGCCCGAAAGACGUGAAGAAUGUACUGGAUAAGUUGGGCAUUGGUGCGCAGAAGAACUCUGGUCCGCUCAAAGUACCUUCUUCUCCACGAUCCCCUUCUUCAAACUCGAGCUAUUCUCUGCAGAAUUAA